UUGAGAAUUUUGAAAAUAAUUCAGAACAAAAUAAAGUAUUUGAUAAGCCUUUAAUUCAGGAAGUCAUCGAUAAAUCUGACGAUCCUGAAACACAAAAAUUACGAAAGUUGAUAGAAGAAGCUGACUCUUAUGAUUGGGAAUUACCGCAACAAAUUCCGAACGAAAAGGAUAUUCUCUCAAUGACAGCUAGUUAUGGUUUUAACGGACUUUAUUCCGGUUAUUUCACGCAUGUGCAAGAAACAUGUAACGAAAUUAUUGAUAUAAUUGAUGUAGAAAGUUCUACAUUUGAAUCCCGUCGUCGGGAUCGAAUCAAAGCUGAAAAUGUUAAGUUUGAUCCUGAUCAUUAUAUUGCUGAUUUUAUGGGUGUUCAAGAUAUAAAACAUCUUAUAAAAUACAAGACUAAUUGGACGAAACUACUUAAGCAAAUACAACAGAUCAAUAAAAAUAAUGCAAAUAUGGAAGAUGAUAAGAAUUUGUGUGAUAAUCCAAUUGCCAUAACGCAGUCAAAAUCUGCGUCAAUCACAACAAAUGAUGAGAAUAAUAAAAAUAGUGAUAAUAUUUUGAAAUUCACUGAGAAAGAAACCUUGAUGAUGAUGAAUCUGCCAAACAAAUCAUACCUUAUACAAAACACAGACGCGAUAUAUUUUGGUUUGGUUGAUCUAUUAUACGCGUAUAGUUACAAUCAUAGAGUAUAUGAAGGCGAAAUUACGGUAGAAUCCGCGUGGACAAUUGGAAAAUUAAGUCCAACCAUAUCAUGUCUUGAGGAAUUCAACUCCCUCGAAGAAACAAUUAUUGCACUAUUUCGUCGAUCAUUAGCAUAUCCAUGGUAUCGAAAUUUUGAAUUAUCAGAAAAAUGUCUUGACGACGUAUAUGUUCUUUUAAAAUUAGGUCGACGUGCUAUUUUAAAGGUUUUGCUUGAACUAAAAGAUAUAUUUGAUCAUCACGAUAUUUAUUACACAUACUCCAAGAUAUGGCUGGAUGAUUAUUGUAUUUGGUGUCAAACUAAAGCCAAUGAUAAGGUUAUUCGAUUAUUAGCACAUAAUGUUCAUCAUUUCAAGGUGCCAAAAUCUAAAAUGGGAUGGCAUCUUGAGGAGUAUGAACAAUUGGCAUUAGAAGAUCAAUGUGAAAAUUAA